CAUGCAAGAAAGUCUGAAGCUGUUCGAUUCGAUUUGCAACAACAAGUGGUUCACCGACACCUCGAUCAUUCUCUUCCUAAACAAGAAGGAUCUCUUCGAGGACAAAAUCAAGAAGUCGCCGCUCACUAUAUGUUUCCCAGAGUACACAGGUGCUCAGGAAUAUGGCGAAGCAGCCGCUUACAUACAAGCCCAGUUUGAGGCCAAGAACAAAUCCACUACCAAAGAGAUAUACUGCCACAUGACCUGCGCCACAGACACCACCAACAUUCAGUUCGUGUUCGACGCCGUCACGGAUGUCAUCAUCGCCAACAACCUCAGAGGAUGUGGCCUCUACUGAAGCCGCGCCCCCUAUUUCUCUUUGUCUUUCCGCAGCUUUCAUCGUCUAUAUUUUGUCUCUCUCUCUUCUACGCAGAAGAUCCUUGAAAAAGUGGGUGUGGCCUACUGUAGGUCACGCCUCAUUCCUCGAGCGCACCUCAUUUCUGGCUUUUUUAUCCCUUGCCUUCUGUUCCUGAGGAUGA